GUACAUUCUUUGCAUUUGUGUUGCUUAUCAUUAAAGAAAAAACAUUUUUAAGGUAAUGUUUGUAAAUAUUCAUAAGUUAUGUUCUGUGUAGGUAAGUGAGUGUUAUUUAAAAUUAGAAUCACUCUACUUAACUACGUUAGUGUUAAAUAUUAUAUGUUAUUGUAUGCAUUACAAAUAUGGCCAGUAAAAAAGUAAGCAAAGAUAUCCAAGAAGCUAUGAAACUAGGGUUGUUAUCAGAGUUGAAGUAUUAUGAUCAAAAAAUUGCGGAAAUUAAGAAAGCAGAGCAAUUGAAAGAAAACAAUAACGUUAAUAUUUAUUUUUACCCGGAGCUUGAACUUACGGUGAAUGUUGACACCCCAGUAGAUGAAUUGAAGAGAAAAGAAGAGUCAAUGAAGACAUGCCUCCUAGCAACACAGGAGCUUACCAGAUUGAUUGUACUGCAACAUGAAGUUAAUAUACUUGUAGGAGACAGAGUUGUUGAAGGAGAUUCUCCUGUACCAAUAAAGGGGGUAUGGAAGCAAGUGACUGCAGAUUGUAGAAUAGACAUGAUUCCUUUUUGUAUCUCAUUCUUUGCUCAUAAAGAUAAAAGUCUAUUUGGUCCAAUAUUAUACAGCGGUUUGGAAGUGACACUUGUGAAGGUAGCCCACGAGUUCGAGUUGAAGAAUUCCAUUCUGCCAAUCCUUACGAAACCUGCAGAUGUAACAGAGUUGAUACGCAGCUACGCCAUAGCAUAUAGAUCCAGACGGAGUUCUCUGGAGAAACUACUGGACAGAUUUACUAACACUCUGGUCUUAGAUCGUCUGCAUGAUGGUGGAUAUCAGCUCAGCUGUCCAAAUUUGAAAGUCUCAUGGACACUGCAGUACAGGUUGGCACUUGAUGCUCCCUUUAAGCACCAACUGACCAUUGAUUUAGAUGAAAUGGAUGAAUCAUACAUAACGUUAAUAAGACACAAUCAUGAACAACUGUGUGUCCCUCAUAUUAAAACAGAUGAACGCACGUUUCUGCUUACUAAUAUAAUCACCGCGUGUAUCGAAGCGCAAAAUUCGGCAAAAGAAUUCCAAGAAUCAGUUGUAUCCGAUGCUGAAAGUGCGACACAAAGAAGAGAUGUUGAUAUUCCAGCUGUUGAGUCUAAUCUCAUGGCGCCACCUAAAUCUUUACCAAAAAAGUCGAGGAGUAAACAUAAUAACAAAAGACCUAGUGACAACGCUGAUCCAGAACCUAAGAAAUUUAAAAAAGUAGAUGGAAAUCAAAACACCAUAAAAGUUGGUAAUAGUAAAGAUGAAACACAUAAAAGUAUAAAUAAGGCGGCACCAAGUAAUAAAUGUAAAACAGAAAAACAGCAAAUUGCUAACGUUGAUAACCCAAAGGGAAAUAAAAAUCCUGAAGCUAAGAAAGUUAACAAAGUAGAUGGAAAUCAAAACACCAUAAAAGUUGAUAAUAGUAAAGGUGAAACACAUAAAAGCAUAAAUAAGGCGGGACAAAGUAAUAAAAGUAAAACAGAAAAACAGCAAAUUGCUAACGUUCAUAAACCAAAGGAAGAUAAAAAUCCUGAUAACAUUACUAAGGAUACAAAACAAAAAAAUAUGCAGACAGAUGCUACUUUGUUGAAAACUCAGACGGCAAGCUCGGUUAAAGUAUUUUAUGGAAUAGAAAAGCAAGACACGCGUGUUGUGAAAAAAAGUAAUUUAGAAAAACACGAUCCUACCAAAAAAGGUUUGGGAAAGGAAAACAAAGGGGAUAAAUUGAGAGAAAACGCCAAUAACACCAAAUUAUUACAGAAAGAUAUUACAAACCAUCCAGUCAAAAUUAUUGUCACAAAAUAUCCUUCUGAAGAAAAUAAUAAAUGUAAUGAUGAAAAAAAAAGUAAAAUUAGCGAGAUAGAUAAAUCAGAAAAUAAAUCACAGUUGAACCAAAAUGCAACAGCCAGUACAAAAUCGAAGACGGGUCCUAAAGAUGUAAAUAGUGGACUGAAGCAUAUUUCCACAAUUGAAAAUAAUAAGCUAAAGGGAAAAUCAAAAAAAGACAUCCACACAGAUAAAAAUAGUACAACAAAACAAAAAUCUACCAAUAAUAACCGAAAUACCGAUAUUAUUAAAAACACAGGAACAAAAGAAAAUUAUAAAGGCAACACUAAACUUAAACAAGGUCCUUCUGGAACUAGCAACUUGAAACAAAAUAGUAACAGUGAUAAUCAACUUAUAGACCCAAAAGUACGAACAGAAGUAAAAUCAAAUCAAAAAAUUCAUCAAAAUAUUAUCAAGGCCACUAAACCUAAAUUAGAUGAAAGACGGAAAAUAGGGGCACAGAAAAGCACAGAAGGGUUGAAUACAGAAAAAAAAGUAAAUGGAAGACAACAAAAGAAUCAAUUGACUAAAAAUAUUAGAACAGACAACCAGGAAAAAGUAAUUGGACCAGACAAGGUAAAUAUAACAAGCAACAUAUUCAGUAGACUUAGUAAUACCCUGGCACUAUCAAAGUGGAAUGCUCAGAAGACAAAGAUACCACAGAAAAGGUCUUCUGUACGGGAAAACUAUGCAAAGAAAAGCCACUUAAGGAUAAGUCCACGUAAUCUGCAAGCAACGUCAAUAAGGCCAGUGGCUCAUAUUAAGAGAGAUUUGAAAUCUAAUAAUGUAUCAAGAUUUACGAAGAUGCUGAACUCGUGAGCUGUGUGUAGAGAUUAUAUUAUAAGUAUUAUGGCAGUUUUUGUGUAGUCGGAAAUGUAAUUCGAGAUCAAAAAUGUAAACAAAGAAUUGUAAUUGUCAAAAUGUUAGUUCAGAGAUUAUCAACAUUUUUCUAGGUAGUGAAUCGGAAUUGGUUACGUUUAUAAUAAACUAGCGGACCCGACAAACGUUGUUCUGUUAAAAAAAACUCUCGCCGUUGGAAUUUCGUAAAAUCCGUCCUAGCAUCAAGCUUUGGCAGUAUGCCCUUUAACUAGUUUUCAUAAUGAGCGGAUUUUCAGUGUUUUUUCUGGAUUCGAACAUUAAUAAUGCUCCAUCUACAAAACCUUUUCUGGUUCGAGCUUUUCAGUAUCAAACCACAUUUUCGAUGUUGUGACCUUGUGGCGCUUGCGGGUAUCAUAUUUAAAAUUUAUACAUUGGAGUUAACAGCUUGAACUAUAUUCAGUAAUUAUAAAUGUUUCACCAUAUCAAUUAGUUUAUGAGUGCAAGAGUAGCCAAUAUACAUACACACAACCAAAUGUCUAAACUAUAUUAAAAUAUCAUAACAGGUUAAGUUCUAAAUAAAAUUAUUAAAUAGCAUCCAUGAUUCGUUAUGUUAUUCAACAAUGAAUUAAAACAAAAAGAAAACUUACCAACAUACAAAAACUUAACAACUUUACUUUACUGCACAAUAAUUUCACAUUUUAAUUUUUGGAUGUAUUUUAUACUAUAUUAUAUAUGCUUAAUUAAUAACUAUAUGUAUAUACUAACUUCUACACUUAUAAUAAUUUUAAAAUGAUUUUAGUAUAUUUCAACACGCACAAUACAUUUUUGAUCUCGAAUUAUAUU